CUGAGACACCUGAGCAGGGAAUUGGGGGAGCUGAGAUACUCCCCUGACAGGCUGUAGGGGGAGCUUGGCAGGAGAGGGGGGAGCUGAGACACUCCCCUGACAGGCUGUAGGGGAGCUCGGUAGGAGAGCGGGGAGUUGAGAUACUCCCCUGACUGGCUGUGGAGAAACAGAAUCCCCCGUCAUAGGCAGCAGGGCUGGAGAGGGGUGAGCCCAGGACCUGAGUGCAAUUGCCCCUGCGCUGGGAGAAGUCCUAACCUCUCUCAGCCUGGGCCUCACUAUGGUUCUGAAUGAGACCUGUAUCUCACUCGUGCUGAUGACUGGCACCAUGAUGUUGGUAGGAGGGUGCCGGAAGCUAACCCGACAUCAUAUGCACUCCCGACGCCCUCGCACCUUUCUCUUGGAGCUGUUUGCCACUUUCCAAAUCUGUGCCUGCACCAAUGAGCUCCGGCUGCUGGCCAAUGUGCAGCCCAAGCCACACGUUGCCCUUGCCCUCACCUAUGGUUUUACUGUACUGCAUGGAUUGACUCUGACUGGCAGCACAUGCAACCCCUGUGGCACCCUGCAACAAAUCUUGGAUGGUGGGAUCUCAGUCAAACAGGGCGGGCUGAAGAUGGGAGCUCAGUUUGCUGGUGCAGUGCUGGCCAGAAUUUACAUCCACUACAUCUGGUCCAUGGGGAUUAUCGAGGUUCACUCUGAGGCACUGGCCGAGGGCUGCAGUAAUCCUAUCCAAACCACUGAGACCCAGGCUUUCUGCAUAGAGCUUCUCUUCUCCACUGUGUUCCAGCUGACCAUACUGCAAUUUGAGGCUGUUAAACCCAGGCUCAGAGUCCACCUAAUUGCUCUUCUCAUUACUAUGCUGGUGUAUGCAGGAGGAAACCUCACUGGAGCAAUAUUUAACCCAGCAUUGGCCUUUUCAUUACAUGCAAGUUGUUUCCAUGAAAAAUUCUGGGAUUAUUCACUAGUGUAUUGGAUGGCACCUUCCUUAGAUCCAAUGUGACAUCACUAGCUUUGAAAAGAAAUUGGCAAGUCCAAGUAUGGAAAACUGGAAGAGGAUGUGUGUGGAGACAGAGUAAAUGAAGUCAGUGUGCUGAAUGCUCCUAAGCCUCGUUACUUGGAUCACUUGGCACAUAACUUCAAAGUUUUUGGAUUAUUGUUUUAUUUUCAAGUCAGUUAAACUACAUGCGCUCUGUUUGGCUUUUAAAAGUAGAUUUUUCCAAAAAAGUUCUGUUUUGAAUAAUCUAUUCUUAGGGUAAGAAAUCUGACAGGAAAGAAUUAAUUAAUGCUGUGAUCUUCUACAGGGGUUCUGCAAGAUUUCUCUUUGCAGGAAACCAUGUUUGCUGUGAUUCUUUGCAAGACACUGAAUUUGCAUGUCCCUUUCUACAAAGAAUUGCUUUUUUCAGCAGUCUCCACUGUCCUUUAGACUCUCAAACAUAUUUUAAAAUCUUUUACUGUACAUAGAACCUGGACUGUACGUUCCUCAAAUGUACUUACUUAACUGCGUUUUUGUAUUUUGUCCCAUCAGGUACAGUACUUGUGGCCAUUGUGUGGGGUGAAAUCCUUCCUCUGAUAUUCUGAGAUAUUUUAAAAUGGUGAACUCUAGAACUACGUGUGUUAAAAAGAGACUCUUAAAAACAGAACUGAAUUGCAGAAACACAGUACAUAGAGGGAAGACAUGUGGCUACCAGGCAUUGAGAACACUGAUUUCCUUACAGGCUUUCCAGAUGAUUUUAUGUUUUGAAAUACAGUCUCAAAACUUUACAGUAGAAUUGAAUUACAGUAACAAAUUGGUAUGGUGAGAACAAGAAUGAAAGUCUUUAUUAGAUAUUUCUCAGUUAAGCCAUUUAUAUGAAGAAAAACACUAUUGCAAAAUGAACUUGUCCCUUUAAAUUUAAUCCAAAAUGCCAUUCAUUGACCUUUCUUCUAAACCUAUCAAAAAUGUCAGUUGUAGAGAGAGAUACAAAAGUUACCUAAAUUCUUCAGAUAUCUGCCACUACUGGUUUAAUUACAUCAGACUCAUCAAUAUAUAAUACCCACAAGAGGGGGUGGAUUCUGAAAAUUUUAUUCUGGAAAUGAUCAUUGCAUAUUCCCACUUGUGGCAUAUGUAGCCUGGGCUGGGUGGGGCACGUAGCCCCAAAGCAUGCUACCUGCUAGAAAAAUUACAAAGCUCAACCCCAGAGGCACUGUUUCCCACAAGUGUGAACAUGCAGAGGUGACACUCUUAAAAAAGAUGUUUUACUGAUAAGUACUAACCCACCUUUUCUUCUUGUGAGGAAUCUGCUGCCUGCCACCUCACUAUCAUUUAUUGGCUCAUUAGGGCCCAAUCCUGCAUGAUAGUAAAAGUUGCAGAAUCAGGCCCAUACUUCAAUUAUUUUUGUCCACUCUUUUUCUGAGUACUAAGUAAUUAAUUCUUGGUCCUGGAUUGACAGCAGCGCAUUUUCUAUUGUUAACUUUGCCUAAGACUAGUCAGUAUUAUGAGCAUGAGGAGUCUGAUAGGAGAGUUAAUCAAUACAAUCAAUCAGACAAUAUACUCUGAUGACUAUUCAGAGAGCCUGAAUCAUUUGUGACUCUAUGAUGUCUCUUUAAGAGCUCUCAGUGGGCACGUUUAGGCUUCUGCUAUACAAAAAAUAACCAGCAGAGCAGCUGUGCUGCCUCAGAAAAUGUACUGCUGCUGUACACCAGGCCAGACUGGUCAGAGGCCACCUUUGCUUGUGGUGAAGACCACUCACAGGUUGUGAGCAUUCCACAGUACUGUUUGCAUUGUCAUAGUACAUUUUUCUCUUUAUGCUUUUAUAAUAUAAUUAACAUAGCAAACACUUUGCCCCCUCUCAUCUGUGCAAAAACAUAAUUUUGUUUAAAAUUUUAUGUAGAGGGGCUGAUUGUAUUUCUCCAUUUAUGUUUAGCAGGUUUAAAAGGGGAUCAAGUUAACAAGUUUUAUACAUAAGUGAGAUAACUGAAGCACAGGACUCUCGCAAAGCAGUCAGGAGAGUUUGCCCUAUUAGAUUCUGGUAUCAAACAAACAGUAACCUCACCCAGACUUAAAAAAGCUGUAAGGUGAAUAUUUUAUGGAUACCACCAGGUAUUUUGCCUGUAGUGAGUCUGGUUAAUUUCCAGAGUAAGUAGUACUGCCACAGAUAAGCACAUUUUGCCUUUUUUGUUUUAAAUAGCUGUGCAUAUGUAAGAUAUUACAAAUGACCUUGUAGUCUCUUGGCUGUUAGCCUUAUCUCAGCUAAAUUUCCUCUCAAUUUAAGAUGAGGAGUGGGCUUACUUCAGAGCCAAUCCAAGUAUUGCUGUGUUAGUAAGAUAUAAAACUGAAAAAAUAUCACCUCUUCAACAUACUUAGUCUGCCUUAGUCCAGAUCUGCAAGUGUUGCAACCUCCUGAUCUCUUUCUCCCAGCACACACUAUAAUGCAUUUAGGAACAGCCAGAGAGACAUUUGAAAUUAUUUUUAUUUGACAUGUUGCUGUUAGGGAUUUCCAGAAUCUUUAAGGUGACUGACAAAAAAGAGAUGACUCACCACUAAUUCAUUUAAAAUCUUAAAUAAAAAAAUAGUGAGACCUGCAAAACUGAACUCUGAGCUGUAACCUAGACUCAAGAUAAGAGGUCAGCAAAUGAUCAGUGUUGACCUAAUAUUGGUCUGUUUACAGAUUGGAUGCUGUCCAGUUAUUUUUCUUGUAAGCUUUUAAAUCUGCCCUCUGGUAAAGUGAAAUUGCUACUCAGUACAGUCCUACAUAAUCAAAAAUCUGUUCACACCAAGCUUACUUAAGGGAUGAUGCGUCAAAUUGUCCACAAAGCAAAACAAAAUUUCAUCAAUAUUUCAGAAAUAUAAAGCUAUGGAUGAAUAAAAUCUGCCUUUUAAACACUGAAAUAUAAAUUCCUCGCCUUGAUUACGCUGCAGGCCUCAUUUUGCUGUAGGAACAGAUCAGAUUGUUUUUGUACUAUAAAAAUACUUGGUAUUGAAUGAAUUAAGCCUUACUGAGCAGAUAUUUUUCUUAAUCUCUUAUUUUUACAAGUGUUCUGGAGGUAAAUUAUAUAUGGUUAACACUUCAGAUAAUUUGUUUUAAAUCUGGUGUUUUGUUCUCAAUAAAAUCUUUGCUUAUAUAUUUUUCCUUGCAUUUUAGAUACAUGGAUUCAGAACUCAGUGUGAGAUGAAAUGACUACUAACCUAAUUGCCCAAACUUUCAUACAAUAGGACCCCAGCACACAAACAUUCACUGCUGUAUUUCUGUAUUCAGUAAUUUAAAAACAAAAAAUGUAGCUUGCCAUGAGCCAGUGUUGGGAGGGCUUCUAAGACCUUAUCCACUUGGUUCUCAGCUUGACUCUAAACUCAUCACCAAGGUUUAGCUUAAAAUCAAAGUACAUUUGAGUCGAUCAGGCUCCAGGG